AUGGUUAAAGUUGGGAAAUCAUUGGUUGCGGCAACCGCAAUUAUGUCUGGUGCCAAUGCAGUAACUACAAUGAGUAUCACAGAUGAAAAAGUUCAAAUGAUUGAAUUGUCUGUUUACGUGAGAGAUAUCCUAAAAAAUAUGGGACAGUAUUUGAGUUUCCGUUCAUCACAUCCUAAUCAACCUUAUCCAAGUCAAAUGAACGGAGUUGUCAUGAGGGCUAUGUUUGGUGGUUCAGGCGAUAGUUGGACUAGUGAACUAACAGGUAUUGAUCCAUCAACUGUUCAAAUGAUGUUAACUGGUGUCCCUUGGUAUUCCACUAGAAUUUUGCCUGCCUUGGAUGCAUAUUUAUCUUCUGCUGGUAUUGUUGUCGAAGGUAUUAACUGUAGUGAUUGUGAUGUUAAGACUAGUACAUCAACUACAUCCUCUACUUCGUCUGUUACACCAUCUUCAACAACUACCUCAACCACCUCUUCAAGUAGCAUGCCUACCUCUUCUUCUUCUUCUUCCACUUCUACUUCAACAACUACUUCUUCCAAUAGUAUGUCUGCAUCUUUCUCUUCCUCUUCUUCCACUUCUACUUCAGCAACUACUUCUUCCAGUAGCAUGGUUACCUCUUCUACUUUGGCUACUACUUCUUCCAGUAGCAUGCCUACAUAUUCUUCUUCCUCUUCUUCCUCUACUACUACUUCUUCCAGUAGUAUGUCUACCUCUUCUUCUUCUUCUGUUACUUCCACUUCAACUACAACCUCAACAACCUCUUCUUCAUCUUCUUCCUCUUCUACUUCAACAACUACCUCAACAACCUCUUCAAGUAGGGUGCCUACUUCUUCUUCCACAUCUUCAUCUGUUACCCCAACUUCAACAACUACUUCUUCAAGUAGCUUGCCCACCUCUUCUUCUUCUAUUGUCACCAGUCUUACUUCUAGCUCUGGGUUCACUACUAGUAGUAUUUCAUCAACAAUUGCAUUUGCUUCUUCUUUUUCCAAGGUUUCUUCUAGUUCUACAGAAUUUGCAUCUUCUAUCCCAUCUUCAAGCUUUUUUUCUUCACAAACUUCAACUGUUUCAGCUACUUUAGCAACCUCCGCUUCAUCAAGUGAUUCUGUUUCAACUAGCUCAACUAUCUUGCCAAGUUCUUCUGUUUUAACACAUACUUCUUCAUCUGAUGCUUCAUUGUUAUCUUCACCAUCUAGUACCUUGGUAACAUCUUCGAUUGUUACCGAUUUUUCUCCAUCAUCUUCCAGUGUUUUAUCACAACGCAUAACAACUACAAUGCCUGUUACAAGAGAAAGAGUUCAAAUGAUCGAAUUAGCUGUUUAUGUCAGAGAUAUCUUAAAUAAUAUGGAUCAAUAUUUGGAUUUCCGUCAAUCACAUCCAGAUGAACCAUAUCCUAGUCAGAUGAACAAUGUCGUAGUAGAUGCCAUGUUUGAUGAUAAAGAUGAUAGCUGGACCACUGAAUUAACCGGCAUUAAUCCUUCCACAGUUCAAAUGAUGUUAACUGGAGUCCCUUGGUAUUCUAGUAGAAUUUUACCUGUUUUAAGACAAAGAUUGAACAGGGAGGGUAUUGCUGUUGAAGGUAUUAACUUAAUAGAAAUUCCUAACACUUCUACCUUAAAAGUAAACUCUACUUCUUCUAUUAUCCCUUCUUCAACCAUGUUGGUUGUUUCUUCCACUACUGCUUAUCCAAGAGACACCACUUUUACCUCUGAUAUAAGCUCUACUUCUUUUGCUGUUUCCUCUACUACUGAUAAUACUGUAAACACCAUUUCUUCCUCCAAUAUAAACUCUCCUUCUUCAAUUGCUUCUUCUACUACUACAGAUGCCACUUCUACCUCUGGUAUAAACUUCACUCCUUCUGUUGUUUCCUCCACUACUGAUGAUGCUACAAGUGCUGCUUUUACCUCUGAGAUAAGCUCUAGUGCUUCUGUUAUUUCUUCCGUCAGUACCGACUCUUCUGCAAACACUGCUUCUGUUAUUUCUACAAAUACUGCUUCUACUUCGCAUGUUAUUGUACCACAAGAUACUUCCAAGAAUAUUUAUAUGUCGACUGCUACAACCACUUCUCCAUUAUCGGUCGUUUCUUCUAUGGUUUCUAGCAGCAUGAUGUCUUCUGUUGAUUCAGUUUCUUCUAUGAACCUUGUAUCUUCAACUAGAAACGGUACAAUUGCACCAAUUUUCCCAGUUCAUUCUUCCUCUUCUAAGUCAAAGUACCCAGUCUCCUCCGACAUUCCAACUGUCGUUCCUGGUAAUGUUACAACUCAGUGGAAUGUGCUAACCUCACAUUAUACCAACACAACAAUUAUUACUAGCUGCCCUCCUAAAUCUACCUCUAUAGUAGAUGUUUAUCAAACUUCUGCUAGUGUGGUUACUAAAACUAUUUGUGAUACAGUUUGUAAAUCUAAGUUCAGUGACGCUUCUAAGGCUGAACGUACGUAUGUAACAACUAAGGUUAAUGGUGCUGUUGUUACUGAAACCGUUUGUGACAUUAUUUGCAAGGCUAAAAAGAAGGAAGCUUCAGCUGCUCAAGUGGUCACUUCUUUUACUGUUUACGAUACAACCACUGCAACUGAAACUGUGUGUGAUGAAGAAUGCAUGAGAAGAAAGGAUGAAAACAAUUAUAUUACUGGUGUCACUCAGACUACACCAUCUCUUUCAGUUGAAGUAUCAUUUACAUCAGUUAAUUACCCAUUUGUUGCAGGUACUACUGUUACAACAAAGCCAGCAGUAUCUUUAUAUCAACAAGAAGAUAAUGCUGCAACAAAUAUUCCGGGCUCAACUGCAAAUAUUUCACAAUACAGUAAGAAUGAGGCUGUCAAAAAUUUUGUUGGGGUGGGUGCUUACUUAUUAGCAGCAGGUAUUUUAUUGAUAUAA